UUUUAAACAUAGAUCCAUAAACAACAAUAACAAAAAAAACUCAACAAUAAGUGAAAAUUAUUUUUAGUGUUAUUUUGUUUUGAAGUGUUGCAAUAGUGUGCCUUUGUGUGAUUUUGAAUAGUUUUCAAAAUGGUGCGAAGUUUAUCACAGUGGACAAAAACAUUAAGUUUUCCGGCAAGGAUUUCCCCGAAUAAAACGUCUAAGGAGAGUGUAAUUAAUGUACAUCAGAUUACACCACCGAAUUCAGGAUCACCUACGUCACUUUCACCAGCAUGUAGUGAUAAUAAUAAAAUUAAUUCGUUAAUGAAUAAUAAUUGUUCACCAAGUAUUUCUGAAGUUAGUCAAAUUUAUCCAGAUCCUGAAUCGGAGAAGGCGAUUAUGGGAUCAGUUGUAUAUUGUAUUCAUCAUAAAGAAGGUUGUAAAUGGUCAGAUGAACUUCGUAGACUAAAGGCACAUUUAAACACGUGCAAAUAUGAUGCGAUCCCAUGUACGAAUAAAUGUGGUGCACAAAUACCUCGUGUAUUGAUGGAAGAUCAUCUUAAAUACACGUGUCCGCAGAGACGUGCUCGAUGUGAGUUCUGCACGAAAGAGUUUACCGGACAUACAUUGGAGAAUCAUGCUGGAACAUGUGGCUACGAACCAACAUACUGUGAAAAUAAAUGUGGUUUAAAAGUUCAAAGAAGACAUUUAUCACAACAUAAAGCAACAGAAUGUGUUAAACGUUUAAUUGCCUGUAGAUAUUGUACAAAAGAAUUUGUGGCAGAUACAUUAACAGCACACCAUGCAAAAUGUGGACGGGUACCCGUAGCAUGUCCAAAUCGUUGUGAUAGUACAUUAAUAUUGGCGCGUGAAGAGGUUGAAGCACAUUUAAAAGAUCACUGUUCAACGUUAGUGAUGAACUGUUCGUUUAAAGAAGCUGGUUGCAGAUUUAAAGGACCACGAUAUUCAAUAGAAAAACACAUGGAAGAAAAUUGUCAACAACAUUUAUCCCUAAUGUGCAGUGUCGUAACCAAACAACAGCAUCAAAUCUCAUCACUAAAAAGUGCAUUAUCUCGAUUAUCAUUAAAUUAUUCCGGCACAUUAAUAUGGAAAAUCAGUGAUUUCCUAUCAAAAAUGGCUGAAGCAAAAACCAAAGAAGGCAUGGAAUUAGUAUCCCCACCAUUUUUUACUAGUCAAUAUGGAUACAAAUUACAGGCAUCAUUAUUCUUAAAUGGAAAUGGAGCUGGUGAAGCUUCACAUAUUUCUGUAUAUAUUAAAAUUUUACCCGGCGAAUAUGAUGCAUUAUUAAGGUGGCCAUUUGCACACUCUGUAUCAUUUACCUUAUUCGAUCAAACUACAUGCCCGGAAAAAGCGUGUAAUAUUGUAGAAAGUUUUAUACCAGAUCCAACAUGGAAGAAUUUUCAACGUCCUAGCAAAGAACCAGAUUCGUUAGGAUUUGGAUUUCCACGAUUUGUAUCACAUGAAAUGUUAAAGAAACGACAUUUCGUUAAGGAUGAUACAAUGUUCAUUCGUGUGAAAGUUGAUCCCAGUAAAAUUGUUGCUGUUUAAAGAAAAAUUUAUACAUGUGAUCUGAAUUUUUAAUUUAAAAGAAAUGUCAAUGGAUAAGAUGAAUUUGCAUGAUACUAGAAAAACGACAGUUAAAUUAGCCAUGUCAGAUUGAAAGAAUUUUGAUACCAUGACUAAACUACCAAAAGUUUACUUGCUGCUUUUUUCGUCAUGAGAAUUAAUCUUUAUACAUCAUUAUAAAGCCAGGUUUACACGUAGAAAAACACUGCCCAUACUUUUUUCUACCCGUAAUCAAAUAGGAACAAAGAUGAAAGUAAUUUACCAUUCGUUAGCGAAUUUUCACUGCCCACCAAGGAAACCGGGCAUAAUGAAUAAAAUAUUCUCAACAAAACUUUUAAACUCCAGAAUAAAAAGAAAUUAGUUUUUUAAUAAAAAAAAUAACCAAGUACGUAGCUAUUAAGCAACUCAGGAAAAUGUAUCAAAUCUAUCAUAGAAUAAAUCAGAUGUAUAAUUUUUUUCAUAGAUUUUGAAAUGGCUCCACAAAUUUGAGCAAGUAAAUGCU